AUGCUGGAGCUGCGUUCGUCCUCCUUCUGGAGGGCCAUCCUGGCCGAGUUCCUGGGCAGCCUCCUCUAUGCCCUAAUGGGGCUGGGGGCUUCCCUGCGUUGGGUUCCGGGUCCCCCCAGCGUCCUGGGGGCUGCCCUGGCCUUUGGCUUGGCCCAAGCCACAGUGGUGCAGGCGCUGGGUCCCGUCAGCGGGGGUCACAUCAACCCUGCCAUCACCUUGGCUUUCCUGAUGGCCUCGCAGCUCUCCCUGCUCCGUGCCCUGGGCUACCUCCUGGCACAGCUGCUGGGGGCACUGGCCGGGGCUGGGGUGCUCUACGGGCUGACACCGGCCCCCGUUCGUGGCACCCUUGGCCUCACUGCGCUGCACCCCGGUGUGGGGCCAGGCCAGGGGACGGUGGUGGAGCUGCUGCUGACCGCCCAGUUCGUGCUCUGCGUCUUGGCCAGCUUCGAUGAGCGGCAGGAUGGGCGCCCGGGCUCGGCCGCGCUGCCCGUGGGCUUCUCCCUCGCCCUAGGCCACAUCUUCGGGAUCCACUACACGGGGGCCGGCAUGAACCCCGCGCGUUCCUUCGCCCCCGCGGUCAUCACCCGGAGCUUUGCCAACCACUGGGUGUACUGGGCGGGCCCGCUGCUGGGGGCGGCGCUGGGCUCGGUGCUUUACGAGUUUGUGCUGUGCCCGCGGCCGCGGAGCUUGGCCGAGCGCCUGGCCGCGCUCAAAGGAGAGCCUCCCGCCGUUACCGAGCCGCCGCCGGAGCCACCGGCGGAGCCGCUGGAGCUGAAGACCCAGGGGCUAUAA